UGUGGAAUGAAAAGAGGGGAAGAUUGUCAAAAAUCUGUCAAACGCCGAUUCCUUGCAUCAUUUUUUAGAUUUCGCCACGGGAUUGUAUUUUUAAAUUAGAGAAAAAUGAAGUCCGUGUUGAAUAUUUUGAAACAAUCUCGCUUCCAAAGUUUCAGCUGUCAAAUCACGCGCGCCUCAUCGCAGUUUACACGGUUGACACAGUCAAGUUCCUUCCCAAAUAGACAAAACUUAUGUCCCAGACGAGCAGACAUUGGGUUAAGGUGGUGUUCAUCCGAUCGUCCCCCAGUUGAACCUGCACAAGCAACCUCGACGGUAUCCGUGCCCCUCGGACAGCUUGAACAGAAACUUCAGCUUUUCUUCACGUGCAAAAAAUGUCAAACGCGGAACGCGAAGACGAUUUCGAAGGUGGCCUACACGAAAGGAGUCGUGAUUGUUCGAUGCGAUGGUUGCUCAAAUAAUCACCUGAUAGCCGACAAUUUGAAUUGGUUUACAGACUUGGAUGGCAAGCGGAAUAUUGAGGAAAUUCUGGCUGAAAAAGGAGAGACCGUGACGAAAGUUGGUGUAGAUUUGGGAUCGGCUGAGUUUGUAUCCAAGAGCAGUUGACACUCAUGUUUGGCUAGUCCGUGAAUUUUAUUUAAUAAAAUCGUUAAUUUAUGAAAACA